GCUGGCCGCCCGCUCUCCGACCCCGGCCCCAGCGGGCGCCCCCUCGACACCUCCGCCGCCAAGCUCCUUCCCUCUGCCUCCUCCCCGGCGCGCCCGCCGGCUCCCUCACUUCUCCCCCUUUUCCUCCUCCCCGUCCCCUCUCCUCCCCUCACCUCUACCCUCCUCACCUCCCCCCUUCUCGGUUUCCUCCCCCAUCCCCUUGAAUCUCCCCUCCCUGCCCUCGCUCUCUCGCUCGCCCUCAGCGCGGCCCCCGCCAUGACGGAGGCGGGUGCCGGUGCUGUUGCCGUUGCCGCCGCUGCCGUCGCAGGGGGGGAGUCGGGUUCCCAGAAAGUAGCUUGAUGAGUGUCCAAAGUAGCAGUGGAAGUUUGGAGGGGCCGCCAUCUUGGUCCCAGCUCUCCACGUCUCCAACCCCGGGCUCGGCGACGGCGGCCAGGUCCCUGCUGAAUCACACGCCGCCAUCCGGGAGGCCCAGGGAAGGUGCAAUGGAUGAGCUUCAUAGUCUGGAUCCAAGAAGGCAAGAAUUAUUGGAAGCUAGAUUUACAGGAGUUGCAAGUGGGAGCACUGGGAGCACGGGCAGUUGCAGUGUUGGAGCUAAAGCCUCAACAAAUAAUGAAAGCUCUAAUCACAGUUUUGGAAGCUUGGGAUCUUUGAGUGACAAAGAAUCAGAGACACCAGAGAAGAAACAAUCGGAAUCAUCCAGAGGAAGAAAGAGAAAAGCAGAAAAUCAGAAUGAAAGUAGUCAGGGAAAAAGUAUUGGGGGACGUGGCCACAAAAUUAGCGACUAUUUUGAAUACCAAGGUGGAAAUGGCUCAAGUCCAGUAAGAGGCAUACCUCCUGCAAUCCGUUCUCCUCAGAAUUCACAUUCACAUUCCACUCCUUCCUCAUCUGUUCGACCGAAUAGCCCUUCUCCUACUGCAUUAGUUUUUGGGGACCACCCUAUUAUACAACCAAAGCAGUUAUCCUUUAAAAUUACUCAGACUGACCUUACAAUGCAGAAGUUAGCAGCAUUAGAAAGUAAUAAAAACCAGGACCUGGAAAAAAAGGAAGGUCGUAUAGAUGACUUGCUCAGGGCUAAUUGUGAUCUCAGACGGCAGAUAGAUGAACAACAAAAAUUACUUGAAAAAUACAAAGAACGAUUAAAUAAGUGCAUAUCAAUGAGCAAGAAGCUGCUUAUCGAAAAGAGUACACAAGAAAAACUGUCAAGCAGAGAGAAGAGUAUGCAAGACAGAUUACGCCUUGGGCAUUUCACGACCGUUAGACAUGGUGCUUCAUUUACUGAACAAUGGACAGAUGGUUUUGCAUUUCAGAAUCUUGUAAAGCAACAAGAAUGGGUGAAUCAGCAAAGGGAAGAUAUUGAAAGGCAAAGGAAACUUCUAGCCAAACGCAAACCUCCCACAGCUAAUAAUUCUCAGGCACCCUCUACCAAUUCUGAACCAAAACAAAGGAAAAACAAAGCAGUCAAUGGAGCAGAAAAUGAUCCCUUUGUUAGACCAAAUUUACCACAACUGUUGACUUUGGCAGAAUAUCAUGAACAGGAAGAAAUUUUCAAACUUAGACUAGGACAUCUCAAAAAGGAAGAGGCAGAAAUUCAGGCAGAACUUGAACGUUUGGAAAGAGUCAGAAAUCUUCACAUUCGAGAGCUCAAAAGAAUAAAUAAUGAAGAUAAUUCACAGUUCAAAGAUCACCCAACGUUAAAUGAAAGAUAUUUAUUACUCCAUCUGCUUGGUAGAGGUGGCUUUAGUGAAGUGUAUAAGGCUUUUGACCUUUAUGAACAAAGAUAUGCUGCUGUGAAGAUCCAUCAGCUUAAUAAAAGCUGGAGGGAUGAGAAGAAGGAAAACUACCACAAACAUGCCUGCAGAGAGUAUAGAAUACACAAAGAACUGGAUCACCCCAGAAUAGUUAAACUCUAUGAUUAUUUCUCCUUGGAUACAGAUACGUUUUGUACAGUGUUAGAAUACUGUGAAGGCAAUGACUUGGAUUUCUAUCUGAAGCAACAUAAAUUAAUGUCAGAGAAAGAAGCUAGGUCUAUUGUAAUGCAGAUUGUAAAUGCACUAAGAUAUCUCAAUGAAAUCAAACCCCCUAUUAUACAUUAUGAUCUUAAACCAGGAAACAUCCUUCUGGUAGAUGGAACAGCAUGUGGAGAAAUCAAAAUUACUGAUUUUGGUCUGUCCAAGAUUAUGGAUGAUGACAGCUAUGGUGUAGAUGGGAUGGAUCUAACUUCCCAAGGGGCAGGCACUUACUGGUAUUUACCUCCUGAGUGUUUUGUAGUUGGAAAGGAACCACCGAAGAUUUCCAACAAGGUUGAUGUGUGGUCAGUCGGAGUCAUCUUCUUUCAGUGUCUUUAUGGUAGAAAACCAUUUGGUCAUAAUCAAUCUCAACAAGACAUUCUUCAAGAAAAUACAAUAUUAAAAGCCACAGAUGUCCAGUUCCCUGUAAAACCGGUUGUAAGCAGUGAAGCAAAGGCCUUUAUAAGACGCUGUUUGGCAUACCGAAAAGAAGAUAGGUUUGAUGUGCACCAACUGGCAAAUGACCCCUACCUUCUCCCACACAUGAGAAGAUCCAAUUCUUCAGGAAACUUACACAUGGUUGGGCUGACAGCAUCCCCUACACCCCCUUCUUCAAGCAUAAUUACUUACUGACUUUCCUCCAAAAUUGGCAUGAUGUCUUUGAAUUGCUUCCAGAUGCAUACUUGAGUUUGAGAGCUUUUGAGUGUUUUUGUUGUUUUCUUUUUUACACAGGAUAUGGUUGAGAACUGUUUGUGAACUGAAGUUCUUCAUAGCAUCGUUUGUAUGAGAGUGGAUCAUGGACAGUGAAUAAGUGUACAGUUCUGACUGUAAUCUUGAGCAGUGAAGGGUGACUGCCUGUUGCACAGAAACAGGAAUACCAUGUUAAGAUAAAAGAAAAAGGUUUUUUGGGGGGAACACUGUAAAUAACAUUUAUAAUACUUAAAUACAUUUGGUUGUUACUAGAGAGUUCUAAUAUGAAGGGUGGUUUUUCAUUAUUUAAAAACACAUGGAAAAAAUAUGAGACAUAUUUCUAACACAGGAACUAUCUAGUGCCUGGAUACAUUCUUCAGCAUUCAGCAGUUUAUCUGCUGCAACCAAAGUAAGAACUGAAUGACAGUGACAGUUGUACAGUUGUGUUUUAUAGUAAUAGAAUGUGAGAGACUCUUUGGACAAAGUUAUUAGACUUUUGUCAUUUGCCUGUUCUGGCUUUUACCAAGUUGUACCUCGAAAUCACAUGUCCGCUUUUUUCACUGGUCAUGUUAAAGGGAGAGCUAUUCCUAGAUACAUUACACCUUUGACAAAGUGAGCUGCUUGUUUUGAAAUCAGCUGAAGUCACUAAAUUAUAAUAUCUCCAGUGUUCUCAACAUGUUAGAAUUGUUAACAGGUAUUUUUCUUUUGUUACCAGGCCUUGUUCAUUCAAACAAGAGACAAUAUGUAACCAAAUGCAGACCAGUUCUAUGCAGGAUAAUGAUAAAUUCCCUUCUAGCUCUAUUGUAAAUUGUGUACAGAUGUCGUAUUUCAAUUACCGAGUUUCAGCAGCUUAUUCUUGUACAAAUGUUUAAAAAUAUGCCUUUUCUAAUUGGAUAUUGUAUUUUUUUUAAGUCUUCUUGAAGGCGCUUUAAUUGCUGCUAAAUGGUGUUGCUUCUUUGCUAAAAAAAUCAAAUGACCUCCUUAAAGGUGCAAGCUGACUGUACAUUAUAGAGAGAUUAUUAAAAGCAGGCAUUUAUUAACAAUCAAGGCAUGUAAAAAUGAUCCGUGUUGGACAUAAAGAGCUCUCGAAAUCAGUUUCUUGGUUUCUAGGGCUGUGGAGCACAUAUAUACUAGAUUUAUAAAUUGUUCAUGGUAAUCCUACAUUUCUAGAAAGUUCUUAUCAGCAAGGUGGGAUGAUGGUCCCUUAAAUGAGUUUCUUGUGGUUUGUACAGAUUUGUUAAAAUGUGAACAUUUUCUAACUGCCUUGUAUGGUAGAAACCAUUAUUUUUCAGGAUGCUGUCACUCCUCUAAGAAACUUCUUUAUCAUCACAUUCGUAAUGCUGAUACUUACAUGUAAAUUGUCCAUGUUGCCGAAAAAGGAGGCUAUGCUUACCACAGAUUCCCCUUAAUAUUGUACAGUUAAACCAUGGCUCUUGUUCUUUCAUUGUACAUAGACACAUUGUCUCUUUAAGAUGCUGCUGAAAUUGUAGAGAAUGUAGCCAAAACAGUAAUAAACAAUGACAGUUAAAAUUCAAAGACUAUGAAGUUACAUUUGAAGGGAGCUUUCAAGAUUUAGGACAUUGGCUGACUUGGCUCCUUAAGAAUUAACUGAAUAAAUUCUUGAAGUAUACUUCAGGAUAAGUAUGAAGCGUUUCAAGCUGUUAAAGUGUACCUAAUAACCAUUAUCAAAGCUAAUCCUGGGUAAGUAACACUUAGCCAUAUCGGGAAUGGUUUAAGGGCUACACCUGUUCCUCUGUAGAUGAAGAUAGAAGUCCUAUUUAAAAAAAUAUUGAUGUGGUAAUGGAAUGCAGCAUCAAUUGAGCAGUGCUUUAGGUGCUGUCGGCCAAUUUUUCAAUUUUGUUGAGUUUUCAUCUUUCUGAAUCCUGAAAUACUAUGUUCAUAUAGUAACGGUUAUUUGAAGUCCUGAAUUAAAAGAAAGUACUCAGUUUGUUUAAAAUUUUGGUGAGAGAUUUAAGUGGAUGUGUACAUCUAACAUGAGAUUGAAGAAGUGGUACAGACCCAGAUCACUGGUUUUGACCACACUAUUUGCAAAUGAAUGAAAGUGACUGCCACUGUCAAAAUGCGGAAAAGGUGAACAAGCCAUAAAAUAAAAGUGCUUCCCUGGGUUUAGGUAAUCAUCUGUUUAGAGUCCAAGAUGUAUAGGCAGUAAAUGAGUUUAGAGACCUUCUAUUCCUCCUAAAGUAUUUCCAAAGAAAUGAUACAGAUUUGGGGUAGUACGCCCAUAUCUCAGCAGGUACAAGAUAGCUGUAAUUGAGCCAAAGUGAGUACUGUUACCUUCACCUGGGAAACUGGUAUUUGUCACUAAGUAGUUUCAGUCACUGGCAAUCUUUGGCUCUAACAUCUUGAAGCUUACAUUGUUUUUUGGUCUCCUCAAUUCUGUCCUCAGAAUUAAAGUAUUUCCUAUAUGCCUAAGACAGUAGCCAAGGUCUUCUCCCUUUAAGCACUGCAAGGUAAAUGUACAGUUUUUUUGCAUAGAAUUUGAAAUCUUUGUUUGGUAUGAAUUAGCUUUAGUGCAUAUGCAUGUUGAGAGGAAGGAAGUGUAGAAACCACCCUAAUUUAUUAAGUCUGGAGUUGGGUAGAUAUUUGGUUGUUUUUCAAAAAUAAAGUUUCAGGUCUCUUUUUUACUUGCUGCCAUCCCCUGCUCCUUAUAAAUAAUUUUCAAUUUAAAUAGUACAUAAAAUGUGAACAGAUAACUUCUACAAAUACCUCAUUACAUGAAACCAAAAUGGUAGAAUUUCAGUGAAACAAAUUUAAAGAGUAUAUUGUGUUUUGCUGUUGAUCGUUGCUUAUUAAAUGCAAUAAUGCUGAUUACCA